CGUCCGACUCUCAUUCACUUCAGUGGGAAGCGCCUGCUGCACACGUACGGGGGCGAAACAUGGCCUCACCGAGGACAGUUACUAUCGUGGCCCUUUCUUUUGCGUUGGGUUUAUUCUUCGUCUUCAUGGGAACCAUCAAGCUCACCCCGAGACUAAGCAAAGAUGCAUACAGUGAAAUGAAAAGGGCAUACAAGAGCUAUGCCAAGGCUUUGCCGGGCCUGAAAAAGAUUGGUAUCAGCUCAGUACUGCUUCGCAAGAUCAUCGGCUCCCUGGAGGUGGGCUGCGGUGUGGUGCUCACCCUGGUCCCGGGCCGGCCCAAGGAUGUGGCCAACUUCCUGCUGUUGCUGGUCAUGCUUGUCGUCCUGUUCUUCCACCAGCUUGUGGGAGACCCCCUAAAACGCUACGCCCACGCUCUGGUCUUUGGUAUUCUGCUCACCUGCCGACUGCUUAUCGCCCGCCAGAGUGAUGACCGGCCGGAGAGGGAGGACAGCAGAGAGGAACAACACCUUAAUGACCAGGAAAAGAACAAGGUCAAGCAGUCUUAAGAGCCUCGUCUAUUUGGGUCCAAGCCACAACCAAGGAAACCCUGGUGCCCCCCUAUGGAUUGUAGUAAAUACAAUUUUGAAGGAAUCAGUCACUUCCAGUAAUAACACCAAACACACACCCAUCUCCUGUCCCAUCCAGCUAGCCGACUGCUUACUCUCACCUCCUCCUCUGCACUCUUACUGUGAAACUGAGAACUCCCGAUCCAUACAUCCUCUACGUGGACAAUCAUAUCUGGAAACUCUCAUGAGCUCGACUCAUUGUCUAAAUAGCUAAUCCAUUUUACCUAUUUAUUCUAGUACUACACUGUUAUAUGGGUUUUAUUAUUAUUUAAGUAUGAAUUUAAUUUAUGCUACGAAAUGAUUUGAGGAUGCUGUUUUUUCAUGAAAGAAUCUUUCUAGCUUGUUUUUUCUAAUUUGUUUUUCUACUGUAUGUAGGAGAGACUGGUGAUUUAUGAACUUCAAUAGUACAAGCAUGUUCCAUUUGGUCAAGAGUAUAGAAAAUGAACACUUUUGAAACAACUUUGUACUAAUUAUACAUCAACUAGCAUGACAUAUCCACAUCUUCUUUUUGUGCAGUGGUACCAGAAGGCUAUUUUAGAAAAAAAUAAUAUGAAUCCUGGUUUAUUUUUCAUCUCAAUAUGGCUACAUGUUUGAAGCAAUGCGCAUGAAAUCCUUUCUCCCAAAAUAAAUUAGCUGCAUCCCUCCCUCUCCUUUCAGUUCAGUUCUCACAGUGGAGUUGUUAAGCUGGAAAGUACAGCAGUUGCUGCCUCAGGUUGGCUGCUGCUGGCUUGUGAAGCAGAACAACCAAAUCCAAAAAGUAUUUUUUCCUGUUAAAAAUGGAAUUGUACCGUUUGUAAUUCACAGGUGAAGUCUUAAAUGUAUUCACUGUUUCUUAAAGAUUCUACUGAUCAGUUUGGUUUUACUUCUCUCGGAAGAUAUAGAAAGGUAUUCCUUUUAAAUCUUCUUAGGGAACGAUAUCUCAAUUCAAAAACCUGUCAGUAAGUUUUAAGAUUCACAAUAUUUCUGUCAACGAUAUACUUAAAAUAAAGAAUUGGAGGUGAAACUGA